AUGUCUGAACCUGGGUCUUUGCGACAACUACCCAAUCUAUCACAGACAGAAGAAGAAAGCAAAAAAUUUACUUGUCAGGAAGAAGGAUGCAUCAAGGUUUUCCAGUCGUUCGCUGCCCUCCGAAAGCACCUUGACAUCGGCAAACACAUGUUACAGCUGGCAAAAAAAAUCCGCCUACAACGAGAUCAAGAAGAAAUGGAUAGAGGCUGUCCAUUCCGUAGGUGGUGGCUAUGUUCACAGUCAGACCUCAGCUCAAGAUUCUGGAGAACAAUCCCUUGUUACCCAGGUGGAUCUUGGAUGGGCCCUUUGGAAAACGCGAAAAGUAGUUGCCAUUUCUCAAAGAGCAAAAAAUUAUCUCGCAGAUAUGUUCUGGACGGGGGAGUAAACUGGUAA